GUCUGGAGUAAAUCUGAACCACGAUGGAUGCAAUAACCCGUUGUCUCGUGUUAAUAGUCCUGUUCUUUGGGACUAGGAUUCAAGACAAUUAUGCCUUGCAGUGUUACUGCCAGCGAUGUCUCAACUCCACGUGCAUCACGGAUGGCCUGUGCUUCGUGUCCGUCAAGAAGUCUGGCAGCAGCAUCACCGCCGAGAGCAGCAUGUGUGUCCCAGAGAACGAGCUGAUUCCGCGUGACCGCCCCUUCAUCUGCGCACCCUCCACCAAGGACGACACUGGCAUCUACCCCAUGUGCUGCGCCACCGACUGGUGCAACAAGAACCCCGACCUCAGCGUCUUCCCAGUGCCGACGGUGAAGCCGGUUCCCCUGGGGCCUGUGGCGCUGGCAGCGGUCAUCGCGGGGCCUGUGUGCGUGCUGUGCUUCGUGCUGAUGCUGGUCUUCUACAUCUGCCACAGCCGUGCGGGCGUCCACCACCGCGUACCCAACGAGGAGGACCCCUCCAUGAACCACCCCUUCCUCAACGUGGGCUCCACCCUCCAAGACCUCAUCUACGACAUGACCACCUCUGGCUCCGGCUCUGGUCUGCCACUGCUGGUUCAGAGGACCAUAGCCCGGACCAUCAUCCUCCAGGAGAGCAUCGGGAAGGGCCGCUUCGGUGAGGUGUGGCGGGGGAAGUGGCGAGACGAGGAGGUGGCGGUCAAGAUCUUCUCGUCCCGUGAGGAGCGCUCGUGGUUCCGCGAGGCUGAGAUCUACCAGACAGUCAUGCUGCGUCACGAGAACAUCCUGGGCUUCAUCGCUGCCGACAACAAAGAUAAUGGGACAUGGACCCAGCUGUGGCUGGUAUCAGACUACCAUGAGCAUGGCUCUUUGUUUGACUACCUGAACCGCUACACCGUCACCGUGGAGGGCAUGAUCAAACUUUCCCUGUCCACUGCCAGCGGCCUGGCCCACCUCCACAUGGAGAUCGUUGGCACGCAAGGGAAGCCGGCCAUCGCCCACAGGGACCUGAAAUCUAAGAACAUCCUGGUGAAGAAGAGCGGGACGUGCUGCAUCGCUGACCUGGGCCUGGCCGUGCGCCAUGACUCCGCCACUGACACCAUCGACAUCGCCCCCAACCACAGAGUAGGAACCAAAAGGUAUAUGGCACCAGAGGUGCUGGACGACUCGAUAAACAUGAAGCAUUUUGAGUCAUUUAAGAGGGCAGAUAUCUACGCCAUGGGCUUGGUGUUCUGGGAGAUAGCCAGUAGAUGCUCUCUAGCAGGCAUCGUUGAAGACUACCAGCUGCCAUACCAUGACCUGGUGCAGUCAGACCCCUCUGUAGAGGAGAUGAGGAGGGUGGUGUGUGAGCAGAAGCUACGGCCCAACAUUCCAAACCGUUGGCAGAGCUGUGAGGCUCUGCGGGUAAUGGCUAAGAUCAUGAGGGAGUGCUGGUAUGCCAACGGAGCCGCCCGCCUCACUGCACUACGCAUCAAGAAGACCCUUUCCCAGCUCAGCCAAUCAGAGGGCAUCAAGAUGUAGACACUCCCUUUCUCUUAUUAUAUUAUUCAUAAUCUUAUUAUUUUAUUAUUACCAUCAUUAGUUCUCGCCCCGCUGAUCCUCCUCUUGGUUUGAAAGGAGAGGCGGCACGGUGAAGUUUUACUCUGAUAUCCCCCGACCCCUCCCUAAACGCCGUCAUCGUUUCCUCGUCGCCCCGCUGACCGGCGCGUGGAUCUAUUUCCUGUGUCACGGAGGUGAUGGGUGGAUCUGGUGGAGGGAUGUUUGCCAGUGCAAACCCCACCCCCCUGUCCUCAAGAUUGGUGGGAUCACUUCCUCCAGUGCUCGUGAAUUACCUAUCAGGGUGAUUACAGACCGAAGUAGUCCCACCCUGCCACAGACCCAUCUCUCAAUGCUGUUCAGCAGAAACCAGAGGAAAGGAAACAUCAACAACCCAUAAGAAAAACCCUAAGGUUGCAUGACUGCUGGUCAUAACAUUCAGGUGACAAUGCCUCCAUUCCAACAACAAAUGUUCUGUCACUGGGCGAGGUAGCUUGGACUCGACGAGAACCGCCCUAGAAAAAGACUGAACGAACCAUAGUUUGUUUAUUUUUUUACCAUCUGGUACUUAAAAACGAGCAUAUUAAUUGAGUUAUUAUUUGUGUUUUUUCCCAUGGAGAGAUGCUGGUGUGCUGUUGGACUCGUCUCCAGAAAAUGUUGCAUCUUUUUUUAGUGUUUCUUUCUCUUCUCCCUACGUAUCACGGUACACAACACUACAGGUCAGUUUAACUUAUUGGUUUUUGUUUGCAAACAAACUGGACAUGAGCUCAUUCAGUCUUGGCCAACAUGCUAUGGCAUAUGCAAUAUAGAUAAAAUGUAUCUAUUUUAUAUACUCUGCUCUGCUACUACUACGACAACAACAGCUCGACAGUCGCCAUCAUGCCUUCCGAGCCAGGUGAUAACCUGAAAGUGCCACUGCUUUAAACCUACCCCCCUUCUUCUCCUCUCAUGUCAGUUACUGUGUGAGGGUGGGUGGGUGUUGGUGUGGGUGGGUGUGUGUGUGUGUGUGUAAGAUCACAUGGAGUCUUGACAGAAGCCCUCCCAGAGCUGUAGGAUCAGCAGGGAGUGUUCCUCCUCCUAUGCACAUGAAAGGACACAUGUGGCCUUGCCACACUGCCAGGGGCAGCCACAAUACCGCCUCUCUGGUGCCAUCUACCCACCCUCCCUCUACCCCCCUCCGCCAGCCCCCCUCAUCAAAACAGCAACAAGGGAUGUCUUUCUACCUUCUCUCUCGCUCUCUCUAUCGCGCUCUCUCUCUCGCGCUCUCUCUCUCGCGCUCUCUCUCUCGCGCUCUCUCUCUCGCGCUCUCUCUCUCGCGCGCUCUCUCUCGCGCGCUCUCUCUCGCGCUCUCUCUGCUGUAUGGGAGAGCUCUCUGGACUAUAGAAACUGAAUACCAGACUGAUAGUGGGGCUAGUACCCACAGGGACUACACUGGUCACCUCCAAAGUGGCUUUAAGGAGAAAUAAAAAACAGCUCAAGCAUUACUGAAGUUGCCCUAUGAACAUGCAUUGUUGGAUUAUACUUUUUUUGGGGUUGUUUCAGAGUGUGUGACGGCACACAUUUAUUGUUUUAGAUGUCUCUUUAAAGAAAAACAAGGUGAGGUACAUUCAUUUAAAUAUAGCAAAUGGAUAUUUACUAAGCCAUAGGUUUUCCGGGGGGGUUUUUUGCAACUUUUUCUACUACUACAAGAAUGUACAUUUACGGAUAAAAAUGUUGUGUUACAUUAUGUAAACUGCUUCACAUUUCAGCUUAGCAAAUCUUAAGGGACCAAUGGAGAGAGGCAGGAUUGCUUUUGUUUUGUGAAAAGAUGAUAAAUAAUAACUAUUAGAAAGUAGGGUCAAUAUUCUAUAUAAAGAAAAAAAGUAAAUAUAGCACCAGAUUUAAAGCUGCAAUAUGUAACUUUUUGAGCGACCGUCAAAAUUCACAUUGACAGAUCUAUAAUUCACAUUUCUUUCUCAUUUGAAAGCAAGUCUAAGAAUCGGUAGAUCUCUUCUAUGUGCGUUAUUUCUGUGCUUCCUGUUUUUAAGUUUAGUUUUUGCUUUACUUUUGGUUUUGUGCACCAGCUUCAAACACCUGAAAAUGCACAAUUUUUGGUUAUGGAAAAUUUCACAAUGGUUUA